GAGAAAUACCGCUUGGUCGCAUGACUUCUUGCAGCGCUGGUGGGAGUCCGACAUACUCGAAGGUCCUGGGAAGGAGCACAACUGCAGCGACCAAUCCACUAUGCUGCAUGCGCUCCUGCACGAGCGCGCCAUGAACUUAGACGAGACAUGGGACAAGUACGAGGCCCCCAUCUAUCCAUCCGAAGUGCGCGUGGCGCGUCAAGAGCAUCUUCAGUCCUUCCACGAG